AUGUGGUAUCAGCCUCGUUUAAGAAACGGAGAACUGGUGAAAAUGAGUUGGCCUUUGGCCUUACUCCGACGUCUAAAUCCUAUUGCCUGGCCUUUGGACGAUAGUCCAAGUAAAAAGGCUAUCCUUAUUGAGCGAUUUUUAUUUAUGGCUGCAUUGGUGGUGAUGAUAAUGCAUAAUGAAGUGGAUAUACAUUAUUUUGUUGUCAAUCUGGAUGAUCUCAACAAACUUUUCGAAGGCAUACCGACUUUCCUUAUCCUGGUGGAAAUAAAUAUACGUCUCCUUCACAUUGCCAUCUACAAGAAUCGAUUGAGGCAGCUGCUUCAGCGAUUUUAUGCCGAGAAUUACAUUUCAGAGGAUUCGGAUCCGGAUACUUUUCGAAUAAUAAAAAGACAAUUGUUGGGAACACGAUUUAUAACAUCUUUCUAUAUGAUGACGGUGAUUGCAUUCUGCAUGGAACCUAUCAGGAAUAUUUUUCAAGGUCGCCGCGAGAUGCUCUACAAGCAGGAAUACAUUUUCGAUAAUACAAAGCUGCCCUUUUAUAUACCACUAAUUUGCUCGAAUAUUUGGGUGGGUGUCUUAUGCACCACUGUUAUCAUUGGUGACCUCAACAUGUUGGGUGAGUUUAUGAUGCAUCUAAAUGCCCGUUAUCUGCAAAUGGAUAAGGAUUUAAAAGUGUCCGCCAGGCGAUUAAUUCAAUCAGAGGAUACUACAAAUAUUGCUACAGACUUUCAUCAAGAACUUGUCAAAGUACUUCGUCGUAAUGCUGCCCUCAAUUAUUUUGCCAAAGAAGUCGAGAAUCAAUUCACAUUUCGCAUAUUUAUCACCUUUAGCUUUAGUGCAACACUCUUGUGUGUCUUGGCCUAUCUAUGCUAUAAGAAUCCGGUAAAUAGCAUUGUGUAUAUUAUUUGGUUUACAGCCAAAUUUAUGGAGCUUCUGGUAUUUGGUUAUCUCGGCUCAAUUCUCUAUGAAACGACGGACAAAUUGGAUGUCAUGUACUAUUGCUGCGACUGGGAGCAAGUCGUCUAUCACUCGCAUAAUACCUAUGAGAAUGUCCAGCUAAUGAAGCUCGUAAUACUAUCCAUUGAGUUGAAUUCGAAACCUUUUGCUCUCACAGGUCUCAAUUAUUUUCGAGUCACCCUAGUUGCUGUCAUUAAAAUAUUACAGGGUGCCUUCUCGUACUUUACGUUCCUUACUUCGUUUGAUUAA